CCGAAAUUGAAUCUUCCCUGAAAUUUCACAUGUUUAAUAUGAUAUUUUCAAUUUCAGUUUCACGCUGUAUGAACAAAAUGGCAUCAUCUAAAAACUUGACGAAUCUAUGCCUCGACGUUCUUUAUAAUUAUGGCAAAACAAUUACCAAUCAUAUUUCAAAAAGUGAAGAACGAAGAGUACAGUCCACACUUCAACGUCUUAUGAAAGUGUUUAAGUUGUGGAAUCAACUAAUUUUUAUCCGGCGAUAUAAAAAUGAUAAUAUCAAAUGGAAUAUCGUUAUACAAGAUGUAAACAACCCAGACUCUGUCACGUUAACACUUUGUCUUGCGUCAACUGAAGAAUUUGAAAGAUUUAAAGCAUUUCUUCGACAUCUUAACUCCAACUGGUUUCAGGAUAUUAAAGUACAAAAACUCGACAAUGAUUUCUUAAGUUUUCUGGUCACUAGUCCAGCACCAGUACUGUUACAUAUAUUUCCUCGAGACCCUGCAAAUUUGGAUGAGCAUUCCAGCUUUUCAACUUCCAAAUCAUCUAAUGUCAAAACAGUGUCGCAAAUCAUCAGUCUUCAGGUCAAAGACUUUUGUUUGUGUAUACUGAAUGAGCCUGAAAAGCUCUCGAGAGAUGCAGGAGAAAAGCGUCAAACUAAAGAAACGACAAGAAGCCAAAGUACUGAUGAGUAUCGUGUACUCCGAAAGAUUGGAAAUGACAUGCUGGCCACUGAUUUUUAUUAUCACAACACACCUUCUGAUGUAUUACUAGAGCAACUUACACAAGCGUAUAUAUCAGUAUCAAACGAUAGUCAGAACUCACAGUCUGAAGAAAAUUGGCUUGCCUCUGAUUCAUACUCUUAUCAAAGCGCACAGAAGCAAAGCUCAAAAAUUGAACGUCUUGAAGCGGAAAACGUAAAAUUGAAGAGGAUAAUUGAGACAUUGUCUCACGAGAUCAAAACGAAAACAACACUUUCGCAGUUGCAAAUUAAUGAGUUGAUAGAAGAGAAUAAAAAAAUGGUGAUAACUUUGGCAAAGAAGGAAGCGGAGAUACAAGAAACGUUUUUAGAACUUGGCCGUUUAAGUGUGGAGUUAACGAGAAUACAGAAUGAAAAGAAAAAAGAGGAGCUUUUUAAUAAAACGUACAAGUUCCAUUCAGCUUCAACUCAGACGUCGGGGAUUUCAGAAUGGUCGACUACAUCCUUAGAUUCAAGGGCAUCGAGUGAUCAAACGACAGAGGUGGGACAUAAUCAAGUCGAAAAUCGUCAUGGGCAAGAGUCACUUAACGAAACGGCAAGUCUAACUGAUAUACCACAUACCGCUGUAGAUGGAAAUAUCCACAACAACUACAAACUCUUGUUACUGCGAAUAUCUCACGCUCUCCUGGCGGAAGAUGUCCUCAAACUAAAACAGUGGGUGGAAAGUCAAUUUGAAGUCGAUACUUCUGGAAGUGUGAGCGCAAUUCUCCUGGAACUAGAUCGUAAGAAAAUCAUCACGAUUACCGAUCUCAGUCGACUGAAAAAAUUCUUUGAAGAUAACUUAAGAUAUGAUUUUGUGUAUCUUAUUGACAGUUAUCUUCUUGGGGAGUAUUCACAGCUAAAGAUUUCCAAGCCUAGUGAGAGAUCAUUUAGUCGAGGAGGUAACGCCCAGAAUGGACUGGCCUCUCAGCGGUUUGGUCAUCUACCAUCAGCACAAUGGCCAUCGCGUUCAACAGCCAGAGGGCAUUUCACUGGUCCAGCAGACCAGUCACGGGGUACUGCACCAGGUUUUCAAAGGCAAUUUCAGGGAUCACGGGCAAACUCGAGGGAGAUCGGAGAUACUGCGGGUAUAUCGAGUUCCACACAACACGCUACCCAGCGAUCUGUUGCUCGAAAUGGUCCUGGCUCGGAUACACGCAGACCUCAUCCUUUGCCACAAACGUCAACCUCAUCUGCCAAGGAAACUUUAAUCAGCAGUACUGCUUCUCAAGGAGUGGUAGUCACUGAUGGUGCAAGACGGGAGGAUGCUGAAGGUAGGUUAAAUAAUUGUCUUUAAACUUUGGGUUGAGGGAUGAACGCGGUGUAGUUCUAGGCAGAGUUGCAGCCUUGCAGGAAGUGUUCAAACUUCCUCCGGGUAAAAAUUUCAAAUCUUUCUCAAAAUAAUGUGGAUUAUGGCUUUUUCAAAUUGCAAAAUAUAUAAAUUAUGUCAUUCAAAAUCGGCUUCUUGUUCCUAUUUCCUACUGAAUAUUUUUGAAUAUUUUAUUGUUUUCUCCUCAGUACUGAUACUAGAUGGCUAUCUUGGCUAUCACAUUAGAGAAUACUGUCACAAUAGUUACCAGAUCGGCAUCCUGUCAACCUCAACCUGCCUAUAGUCGAGUAUCAUUUAUCUGUUUUAUUGUGUUAGUGUUGAGACCUCGCAUAUGGUAAACAUUCCUCGCGGAUGGUACCCGCAUACCCGCAGAUUUUUUGCAACUCUGGUUCCAGGAAACCGUGCUAUUCUAAAGCGAUGUUUAGAUCCUUCCUCAGGAGACUUAGUAUAAAGAAACCCUAAGAUAAACACGAUGCCCUGUCAUUCUUCUGUUUAUAUAUUUUGUAGUGUAUUUAUUAAGUCUAUGAAAUUUUGUCUUCCACAGUUCAGGCCAGCGGUUCAACAGUACGUGGCGAUCAAGUUAAUACUUCACGUAAUUCAAACCCUGGUAGCAAUGGACAGAAGUUGUCAAAGUUCCAACCACCUGAUGCGGAUGAGGACGACAACUGGUUAUGCAGUCAUUACAAACGACGUUGUUACGUCAAAUUUGAAUGUUGUAACAAGUUUUGGCCAUGUCAUCGUUGCCAUAACAACCAAAGCACAUGUGGCAGGAGGAAGCUUAAGUCACGUGACACGAAACAGCUUAAGUGUGCUGCUUGCGGUCUUGAACAACCGGUAUGUUAAGAAUCAAUUUCCAACAUUCGUUAUUCAGGCGAAUUUAGAAAUUUUAGUUCUUUCUUAAAUUCCAUGCGAUAUAUAGCUAGCGGUAGAGCCUACUAAUGCAUAUUUGAAAAAUUAUUGGUACAACAUUUGUUACACAGUUAUUCAGCUAUCAUUCAAUGGCUUUCAGACAUUGGCGGGGCGCCAGCUGCCUCCCUGCCUGCCCCCUCCCCCCGCCUUGCCUUCCCUCCCCCCUCCUGGUAUCGCCACUGAUUCGACUUUAAUUCAGAAAUAGCCUAUUAUGAUUUCAACUUUUAUGUCAAUUUACUUUCAAUGUGUACUUUCAAUUCUUUAUUUCAGUUUGCACAUUACUGUUCAAGAUGCAAUGCAAAAUUUGCGAGAUACUUUUGUGGUUUGUGUAAACACCUGACAGGCACUGAUGAUAAUCCUUACCAUUGUGAAAAGUGUGGUAUUUGCAGGUUAGAUACCAGAGUAAAACUCAGUACAUAGGCCUAAUUUCGAGCAAAAAAUAAAAUUUUUCAGCAGAGGAUUUUUACAGCCAGAAGACUUCUUUGUUCACAGGAGAAGUGCAGUUGAAUUUUGCCAUAAAGCAAACAUGUCGCUUAGUUUUGAAAAAUUGAAAUUAUUCAUCAGAAAAUUUGUACAGAAAAGAAUCUCUUUGACUAAGAUCAAAUCUCGUUUUCUGAAUACGUCUGAUUGUUUCUGAACUAGUUUUAACGAUAUUUUAUGCAUGAAUAUUUCGCAAUUCCAUAAUUUCAAAAAUUUCAAUUUGCGGUCACUUCGAGUUUGUUAACUGGUGUGUGUUCGAAAUUUUUAUUUUAGAAUUCACGGAGAUCGUUCGUUUCAUUGUGAUGUCUGUGGUGUGUGUUUGGAUGUUCAACUUCGUGGAAAUCACAGAUGUCGCGCAGGCUCUGCACAUGACGAAUGCUGUAUUUGUUUGGAGGUACUGUAUCAAUUUGAGGUUCUAAUUAGGAGUGAACGUUACAACGAAAUGAACAUCUGGAAUGGCGAAUUUUAUUACAUAUAAAUAUGCUAUAGACAUUUAGAUCUGAUACUAUAACUUUUUAUCCUUUUAUCACAUUCUAAUUUUAAGUAAAUUGGAUUUUCAUUUGUCUCUCUCUCUGUAUAAAUAUAUAUUUUUAUUAUACGGUAUUCUACGCCAUGGUCAACACUAGAUAUUCUUACAUAUAUUUGUUCUCUAUAGGAUGCAUUCACAGGAUGUCAGAUCCUACCUUGUUCACACAAAGUUCAUAAAGAAUGCGCGACUCAGAUGAUCAGAAGUGGCAUGUGAGUGUGAUGCAUGCUGAAUUUUAAUCAUUUGAUUUUAGAGAACAUACCAUAUGCAAAUUUCGACUCCUAAAUUUCUUUGUUUUACACAUUGUAGAACGCGUUGUCCGAUAUGUCGGGAAAGUUUUGCACAUAAAUUGGAAAGAAGACCUCAUCCUUCAAAGAAACCACCAUGAGGAAAAGAAUAAGUUAUGGGCUAUGUGUAUAUCGUCAUGCAAGGACUGUUUAUAUGACCGGGCUACUUUCAAACCACAGUUUCUGUGUUCAAACGCGUGCUCAAGGUUGUUAAAGUUACUAUUAUAUAGUAACUAUUGGAGUAUUGCAAUUAAUAUUAUUCUUAAUAAUGUUGCAAAGAUUUUCAUGACAUGAUUCUGUCAGAUUUGUUGAGGCAUCAUCCGGCUAGCCUACUCAACAACAUUCACCCGAUCCGGGCUGCGAACAGGCUAUGUAAAUAGAAGAUCUCCUAAUCGUUCUAAUUUUGAUAUUACGUUCAUAGUUUAGUUUUGUUGUGUUUUUGCAUGGACACGCACUAUAUAUUUACAUUACCGAAUAAUAUAUUCUGUUUAGAAUUGCACUCAGUUUUAGAAUUGCACUCGUAUAUUUUGCAAAUAUUUUGGGGUAUUUAAAGUAUUAAUUAAAUUGGACACCGCUUGGCGUUGGUGUAUCGAUCGUUGGAUAUACUUAUAAGUAAGUUCAUACAUAACCGGUCUAUAACAUAACAAUUUUUUGAGUGAAUUGAAAUUUGGUUUGAAACGAAGUUUAAUUUCCACUUUAUUAUAAUAUUCAUUUUGGUUGCAAAACGGAAACAGCUCUUUGGUGACAAGACACCCCCGCA